AUGUCCUUCUCCUACGACCGCUACGACCGCCGCCGUCGCAACCAGCCGCCCACGCGGCGCACAACCCUCGGCUACUGGGUCCCGCUCCUCAUCACCGCCACGCUCGCCGCCGGCGGCCUCGCAGCCUGGGUCUGGAGCGCGCGCAACAACGACGAUUCCAGCGACGACGACACGAACACGGAUCUCAGCUACGGUGAUCCGUAUACCGAUGCCCGGGCACGGAACAGCAAUAAGAAUAAGGAUAACAACAGCACCACAUACGCCCAGAGCCAAGGCGUUCUUGGAGGCGAGACGGAUGCGAGACAUGGUGCAGACAUGCCGGGCGCGUACCCGCCCGACGACGCAGGGUUCAUGGCGCGUAUGAGCCAUACGAUUCGGCGCACGCCGUCGCCGCAGCAGGCGUUUGAUCUGGCGCGCAGGAAUGUGGUUGCUGGGGUGGCGGCGGCGGGGGCGAUGGUGGGUGGUGCGCUGCAGAGUAUUCGCGAGGAGGAGGGGAGGGAUGAUUUUGGGGAUCAUGCGCGGUGGAGUGAGGAGAGCGUGCAGAGGAGUGCGACCGGGGGUGUGGUGGAUGCGGGUGCGUUUGCGGAGGGUGUGAGAGGUGCUGGUGCUGGUGCUGGUGCUGGGGGGAAGAAGAGGAAGACUGUUGCGGUGGUGUUGAGUGCGGAGAGUGCGUUGGAGGAGUUGCAUGAUGCUGGAGAUCAUUUCUCUGAGAAUGCUUCCAUCCUCUCCCACCUCCCCCCCUCCGCUCGCUCCACAAACCUCCUCAUCCUCAUCUACAUGCCGGCCACCCCCAAAUCCCGCCGCUCCUCCCUCCACGCCGCCUCCCUCGGCUCCUCCUACAGCGCCAUCAGCACCCCAGCAGCCCACACCCCCGGCGACGACCUCACCACCCUCGACCCCCGCCCCGAAUACACUCCCGGCACCACCCCCGCCCUCUCCGCCACCCAACCCCCCGACAGCACCCCCGCCCUCCGAGACAUCCACGCCCAGGCCCUCCGCCUCGUCGACUCAGACUCCUGCGUCAUGCCCUUCAACACCCCCUCCGGCUUCGUCCACAUGCUCAGACACCUCGCGCCCGACCUCGUCUACCUGACCGAUAGCCUCGCCGGCGACGCAGGCGAGAAUGUCGCCCUGCUGCGUGACUGGGUCGCGCAGAUUGUCGUUGUUGUCGGUGCUGCGGGAGGUGGCUUGGGCGGGCUGAUUGAUACCGAGGAUGAUGAUGAUGAGGAGAGUGAUGCUGUUGUUGCUGGUGGUGGUAGGGGCGCGGAUACUGGCUUGGGUAAGGGUAGAGGGAAGGGGAGGGAGAGUGCUGCUGGUGGUGGUGGUACUGGUAGUGCGAAGUGGUGGCAGAGUAGCGAUAUGGUGGGUUUGGGGAAGAGGGUUGAGGUUGUUGAGGGUGUGCGCAUGGAGGAGGAUUUCGAGAGGAGGGUUGGUGGGCGUGAUUGAGUGGUUGGUGGGUGGAUGGAUGGUCGUGAGGAUGAUGGGGUGUAGUAGGGGGUUGUAUGCCAGGAGGGCAUGUAGGAUGUAUGUAUGUAUGUGUGGAAGGAAUGGAUGAAUGGAGAAAGGAAAAGGUUGCAAUGACGUUUAUGGCAAUGCUGUACUUGAU